UCGUCGCCCCUAAUUAAUACGAGUAAAAAAAAAAAAAAACCAUAGAAGAGAUAUAAAGAGUAAAUUGGGGGUUUGAGUUGGUAGCGGUGAAGCCGGUGAUCGGAAAGGAAAACUCCAUCUUAAGUUUCAUACUUUUACAGGAAGCAGUGUCUCCCAUGGCUUACGUUGAGAGAGUAAUGUCCGGCAAUACAGACCUUUGUUCACUACCAGAGUUUUUCUUUGCCAGGUGUUGUCAAAUCAAAGCAAUCAUUCUGGCGCUUGAAGACGCUCACUGAUUCCUUCUGGUCUAUCAUCAACUUCAUUGUAGUUUUCUUUACAACUAUGUUUUCGAUGGAGAAAUCAGAUGCUUAUAGGAAAUCAUCUGGGUCCAGCAAAAAAUGGGAUGGUGGUGGCCCUGGUGGUGGAAGUGGCCCUUACGGUGGUGGUCCUCCUGGACCGCCACGUGGGUUAGAUAAUGUUCGUGGAUUGAGGGAUGUUAAUGGUGCAGAUCAUAGCUCACUUCCUGCCUGUGGUUCCUGCUGCGGUUAAUAGUCAUUCAUCUAAUGUUAACCAUCGGAAGUUGUAUUGUGACAUAGUGUGUACAAACUCGAAAGCUGGCAUAAACUAAGGCUUUAGCAAAUUGAAAAUUCUCUUAGUGUUUGUUGCUACACCUUGUAGUUUUGGAUACUUAAAUCUACAUAGCACUUUCAUCUGAUUAUAAACUUGUUAUAUAUUAAAAAAAAAUUUAUUGUGUAUGUGGAAUUAAUGAUCUCCAAUUCUAUUUGUUUGAAUGUAUGAUUCUGCUAAAGA